AUGGAGUCAGCUCCGGCAGCCCCCGACCCCGCCGCCUGCGAGCCGGGCAGCAGCGGCGCGGACGCGGCCGCCGGCUCCAGGGAGACCCCGCUGAACCAGGAAUCCGCCCGCAAGAGCGAGCCGCCCGCCCCGGUGCGCAGACAGAGCUAUUCCAGCACCAGCAGAGGCAUGGCUGUGUCUCAUCAUAUUCCUGUACUGUUUGAAAGCUACAGUAGUAAAGCCCAAGAGUGGAGAUGCUGAAACACUGGAGGUGGCUUGAAAGGAACCAGAGGAAGCUGACUGCAGACUGGUGGCCUCCAGCCUACGCUACACGUCAAAAGAGGAGUCCACGGAUAUUUCAGGAGACUGUGUUUCUCUGGGUUUAAGUCCACGAAAGAAAAGAGACCUCCUGUAUUUAGG